AUGGCUGUCACCAUUGGUAUCAACGGCUUUGGCCGCAUCGGCCGCCUCGUCUGCCGCGCCGCCUUUGCCAACCCCAACGCGACCGUCGUCAUCCACGACAACUUUGGCAUCGUUGAAGGCUUGAUGACGACGGUGCACGCCGUGACGGCCAACCAGCUCACGGUCGACGGUCCGUCGCGCGGCGGCAAGGACUGGCGCGCCGGUCGCGGUGCCGGUGCCAACGUGAUCCCGGCGUCGACGGGCGCGGCCAAGGCCGUCGGCAAGGUGCUGCCGGAACUCAACGGCAAGCUCACGGGCAUGGCGUUCCGCGUGCCGGUGCCCGACGUCUCGGUCGUCGAUCUCACGGUGCGUCUCGAACGCGGCGCGUCCAUGGCGGCCAUCAAGGCGGCCGUCAAGGAAGCGUCGGAAGGCUCCAUGGCCGGCAUCCUCGGCUACACGGAGGACGAAGUCGUGUCGAGCGACUUUAUCUCGGACAAGCGCUCGUCCAUCUUUGACGCCAACGCGUGCAUCGCGCUCAACGACAACUUUGUCAAGCUCGUGUCGUGGUACGACAACGAGUGGGGCUACUCGAACCGCCUCGUCGACCUCGUCUUGCACAUGGCCACCGUCGACAACUAA